AUGAGCGGGAGGAUCCUCUCCCACCGUCUUGCUCCGCUUCUGCGGGCAGGUUCCCUGGCUCGCCAUGCCCACAACGCCGGUGCAAGGACGGGGGGUCUUUUACGAGCAGAUGGCAGUGCCGCACUGCGAGGCCGAGCAUGGACUGUUGGGACUAACUCUAUUCACAACAAUGUCCCCGCUGUGCGGGCGAUUUCGUUUUCCAGAAUGCUUCCCAAGCUGGCGGUGAAGCUAGUCAGGUUACCGGCCAUGUUUGGAGGGGCUAUGGUUGCCAGUUUCGCUUACUUUCAGUAUCAGGCUACUCAGGCCGGAAACUACGCUAUAGAUGUUUUCAGACGAGCCGGAGAGACAGCAAGUGAUACUGCUUCGGGCAUUUUCUCGGAGAUUCAAUCUAUUGCUGAACAAACGCAACGCGGCUGGCAGAGAACGACAGAAGAUACUGAAUUACCCGAAUGGCUGCAGAAGAUUCUCCGCCCUGAUGAGGAAGACUCGGGGAGCAGUGACUCAAGUGGCUCGCCCGGUGGAGGAAAGUCUCCCAAGGAGGGUCGGGCUGGUGCUGCUGCGGCAGCCACCACCGCGGCAUUUGGUUACGAUCAGUCGGGCGAGGACGAUGCGCGGUCCAGUCGAGACAUUGCCGAGGAUGAUCAGAUGAUGCUUCUUACACGGAAAAUGAUCGAGAUUAGGAAUAUCCUGUCAACCGUUGGACAGUCUAAUACACUCACACUUCCGUCUAUCGUUGUUAUUGGGUCACAAUCUUCCGGCAAAAGUUCGGUUCUUGAAGCUAUCGUUGGGCACGAAUUCCUGCCAAAGGGCUCGAACAUGGUUACCCGACGUCCAAUCGAGCUCACACUAGUCAACACGCCAAAUGGUCACUCCGAGUAUGGGGAGUUUCCGGCUCUUGGGCUGGGGAAGAUUACCGAUUUCUCCCAGAUUCAGCGAACUUUGACUGAUCUGAACCUGGCCGUCCCUGAAACAGACUGCGUCACGGACGACCCUAUUCAAUUGACCAUCCAUUCCCCCAAUGUCCCCGAUCUUUCCCUCAUCGACCUCCCGGGAUACAUCCAAGUCGCCGGCCAUGAUCAACCACCAGAGCUCAAACAGAAGAUCUCCGACCUAUGUGACAAAUACAUCCAGUCACCUAACAUCAUCCUGGCUAUCUCUGCGGCAGACGUCGAUCUGGCUAACUCGACCGCUUUGAGAGCAAGUCGCCGUGUCGACCCGAGGGGUGAAAGAACGAUCGGUGUGAUCACGAAGAUGGAUCUCGUUGACCCUGAACGCGGUCUGAGCAUGCUUACGGAUAAGAAGUAUCCCCUGCGGCUCGGGUAUGUAGGCGUUGUCUGCCGGAUUCCUCAGACAACUACCUUGUUCUCCAGAAGCACCGGUAACAUCACCAGUGCCAUCUUGAAGAAUGAGAAUGCCUAUUUUUCUGCCCACCCGGAGUUCGGUCCUGAUUCCGGUGUUACGAUUGGUGUUUCGACCUUACGGACCAAGCUUAUGCACGUUCUUGAGCAAACUAUGGCAUACAACCUGGCAGGAACUAGGGAUGCCAUCAGUCAAGAACUGGAAGAAGCGACCUACGAGUUCAAGGUCCAGUACAACGACCGUCCUCUCAGCGCAGAGUCCUAUCUGGCUGAAACCCUUGAUAGUUUCAAGCACUCUUUCAAAGCGUUUGCUGAAGGGUUCGGCCGUCCUCAGGUCCGUGAGAUGCUCAAGAACGAGCUAGACCAACGAGUCAUGGACAUUCUGGCCCAGAGGUAUUGGAACAAGCCUAUCGAGGACUUGAGCCCUAUGUUGUUCGAGCCGGAUCCCCUAAGUGACCUUCCCAAAGCGGACCCAGAGUCGCUAUAUUGGAGACGGAAACUCGACGCUUCGACUUCGUCCUUGACGAAGCUUGGAAUUGGUCGACUCGCAACUACAGUCGUUGCGAACGCUCUUCAGGCACACUGUGACCACCUUUUGUCGCAAUCUACGUUUGCUUCGCAUCCGUAUGCCCAAAAACAAAUUACGGAUGCCUGCGAGAGCAUCCUGAACGACCGAUUCUUCAGCACCAGCGACCAGGUCGAAAACUGUAUCAAGCCCUACAAGUUCGAAAUCGAGGUUGAAGAGCCUGAAUGGACCAAGGGCAGGGAGAAUGUGAGCAAAGUGCUGAAGGAGGAACUUAAGGCAUGCGAAGGGGCCUUGAAGCGCGUUGAGGAGAUUAUCGGGAAGAGAAAGAUUAGAGACGUCAUGACUUUCAUCGACAAGGUCAGGAAAGGUGAUAUUGUUCUGGAAGGUGAUGGCACUGGCGGAGCUGGUGGAUUCAGCUCUGCUUUGCUGGAGACAGGUCGCGACAGCGUCUUCCUCCGUGACCGCGCCGACCUCCUCAAAAUGCGCCUCCUUGCCGUCCGCUCCAAGCAAUGCGCCACCAAGAAAAACAAAUACUACUGCCCUGAGAUCUUCCUCGACGUCGUCUCCGACAAACUCACCUCCACCGCCGUCCUCUUCCUCAACGUCGAACUCCUCUCCGAAUUCUACUAUAACUUCCCCCGCGAGCUCGACAUGCGCCUCGGCCGCCACCUCUCCGACGACGAAGUCGAGAGGUUCGCGCGUGAAGACCCGCGCAUCCGGAGACAUCUGGACAUCAUCCGGAAGAAGGAGUUGUUGGAGUUGGCAUUGCAGAAGAUUGAGAGUAUCCGGCAGUUAGAUGGACGCAGCAUGCAUCGGGGUCAGGAGAGGCCGUUGCAGCAUGAGAAGAGGGGUCGGGGUGGAUGGAAUUUGUUUUAG